AUGGCUGCUGUCCUCACCUCAUCAGAUUUAGCCAAUCUCAUGAAACCAUCAGAAAACAAGUUUGAAGCUAACAUCCCUAUUAAAAGCCUGAAACUCAGCCUCCGACGGGUACGCGCCCUCCGACUGUAUCAAUUUCCUGGGCUCGAUCAGCUGAGAGCUGUUGGCGCAGUGAGCUGCCUCUGCCCGGUGCCCGGUGCCCGGUGCCCAGCUGCUUGCCACCCCGUUUCCCCGGGAGGCUGGGGACCAUGUAAACGGCUCAAGGUGACCCAGGCUUGGUCUCCCCUCCGCCCUCCGGCUCCCUGUCCCCGGGGGCUGCUGCUGAGGAUGAAGCCGCUCUUCCAGCUCCGCUCCCCGCUGCCUGUCCACCUCUUGCUGCUGUCGCUGCUACUGAACCCAGGAGGCUGCAAAUCCCGUACCUACGGUUGCCUGUUUGAUGAGGAGUUGUGUUCCCAUCAGGAGCACUGUGUAAACGAUGGACUCUUUGGGCACUGCCAGGUUGCCAUGGUACCAGCCAGGAUCCAGUUUGACGUAUCAUCUGCCGUCCUACAGCGUCUCCAGCAGGUUUUGAAGUACCUGAUGUUACAAGGGUUGUCAUGGCAAGAUGAUGUCACCCAGUAUGUGGUCUCCAUGGAGAUGGAGAAGGUACCAAAGCUCCACCCCCAGCAGCAUCCCUUGACCGGUGUACCUCCGGCAGAGACAAGGUUGCAGUGGCAGCCGGAUAAAGAUGUUUACCCUGUGCCUGUAUCCAUGGCAACGUUGGAGCAAUGGCCACCCUCACAGAUCCGCCGCUACCUGCAGUUUGUCCUGUAUGGCAACCAACCCCAGCUCCCACCCAACCCCAGUCUGGAAGGGGCAGUGUUGGAACCCUAUCUCUUUCCCAAGAAUGGGAAUGUGUACCAGCUGGGCCCAGAGCCAGGGAGGAAUCGUCCCAAAGACAACGAUUGGGAUCUACCCACUGACCGCACCAGCAACUACCAUCUGGGUUACGGGAACGCGCUGAAUGCCAGAGCAAAGCACCCAAACAGGGUGAAGGGUCAGGCACUUGACCCCAGCGACUUCCGACCUCAAGAAGAUCCAGCCGUCCAAAGGAUAGCCAAAGAGUUGGUAAAAUACGGCAUUGAUCUUCAAGACCUCAGUGAGCAGCAGCUGAACCACGUAUCGGUGGCAAUUGGACAGCUCACCGGCACCGCUGGUCGGUCUGACCCAGUGCUGACAGAGAAAGCUGGUCUGACACAGAAGAAGGCGCCCGUGAUGGAGGGGACGAUGCAGCGCUGGAAGGAGAUGGACACGAGGGAGAGCAGCGAGUCUCUGGUCCCAGACGCGGGCCCUCCCCAGGGGGAGAGUGCUGCAGCGGCAGGGAGGCGUGGUCAGGCAAUGGUGGCAGCCAUCUUGGCAGGUCCCAGCCCGAGCAGCCCAGGGGCCCAAGAGACGGCCAUGGAGCUGAGUGGGUCUCCUGGGCAACUGGCCGACGUCCUGAAGGAGCUGGGCGUGGACCCUGAACGUCUGCCGAAACCCAGCGAGGGUCUCAGGUCAGGCAGCGCAGGGGUGAGUCCGCCACGCAGGGAGGAGUAUGCCUACAUCGUCACCAACAAGAAACCCCUGACCCUAUCCGAUGGGAUUAAAUUGCUGGAAUCCUUGGCUCACCAGCUACAUCUUGCAACAGUCAGCUUCAUCAACAUCAGCGUCAUUGGGCCAGCAUUAACCUUCCGACUGCGACAUAAUGACCAAAAUCUGACCAUCGCUGAGGUAGCUGAUAAAGCCAUUGCCAGCAAGACAAAGCUUGAGGCUGAGACUGGUCUGAAGAUUGUGCAGGCUGGUGUGGGUGAGAGGAAUGCAUUCCACUCCCUGCCAAAGCCAGCGAGACACAGCGACACUUUCCGCUUCCUUCUGCUGACCUUUAUCGCAGUAGCUUGCAUUGCUGGCAUCCUCAUUGCUGGAGCUGUCAUCAUCUGCCUCAGACAGAAUGCCAAGCAGCGGCAGAAAGAGAAACUGGCUGGACUGGGUCCUGAAGGAGGGACUGACACCUCCCUCGAAUAUCAGGAACUGUGCCGCCAGCACAUGGCGGCUAAAUCAUCCUACUCCCGCACGGAGACGGUGGACACUUCCCGGGUCAGCAGCGUCUCUUCCCAGUUCAGCGACGCUCCCCAGGCCAGCCCCAGCUCCCACAGCAGCACCCCGUCCUGGUGUGAGGAACCCGUCCAGUCCAACAUGGACAUCUCAACCGGUCACAUGAUUCUGGCGUACAUGGAGGACCACCUGAAGAUCAAGGACCGUCUGCACAAGGAGUGGGAGGCCCUGUGUGCCUAUCAGGCUGAACCCAACUCGUGCUCCAUCGGACAGAGUGAGGUUAACAUCAAAAAGAGUCGGAAUCCUGACUUUGUCCCCUAUAACCACAACCGCAUGGUUUUGAAAGCAGAAGCCAACCCGUCCAGGACAGAUUUUAUCAAUGCCAGUCCAAUCAUUGACCACGACCCCCGAAUGCCAGCCUACAUCGCCACCCAAGGUCCCCUCUCGCACACCAUCUCGGAUUUCUGGCAGAUGGUGUGGGAGAAUGGCUGCACCGUCAUCGUCAUGCUCACCCCGUUGUUGGAGGACAGCGUUAAGCUUUGUGACCGCUACUGGCCAGAUGAAGGCUCUUCCCUCUACCACAUCUACGAGGUCAACCUGGUCUCUGAGCACAUCUGGUGUGAAGAUUUCCUGGUCCGUAGCUUCUAUCUGAAAAACCUGCAAUCCCAGGAGACCCGGACUCUGACCCAGUUUCACUUCCUGAGCUGGCCAGCAGAGGGCAUCCCGUCCUCCACUCGACCACUGUUGGACUUCCGAAGGAAGGUGAACAAGUGUUAUAGAGGUCGCUCUUGCCCUAUAAUCGUUCACUGCAGUGAUGGGGCUGGAAGAACUGGAACAUACAUUUUAAUCGAUAUGGUUCUCAACAGAAUGUCCAAAGGUGUGAAGGAAAUCGAUAUUGCUGCUACUCUUGAACACAUACGCGAUCAGAGACCUGGCAUGGUGCGCACUAAGGACCAGUUUGAGUUUGCGCUGACUGCUGUAGCAGAGGAAGUGAACGCCAUCCUAAGGGCUCUGCCCCAGUGACCUGCUGCCUGGACCCUCAGUGAAGAGCUAGCCAUCAAUCCAGCUUUGUGCUUCAUGCACUCCCUACCCCACCACACCCCACCUGACAUCCUCCGCAGCCUGUACUGUGUUCGUGUCUUCUGUCACAUGUCCUGUCUUGCUUUUGAAACCGCGACACGCAGUGCAGUGACCCUUCUGGCAGGCACUGCUCCAUACAGACCCGUUCAUAUUGAAGCAGCUACCUAACCAGUGAACAGCAGCAAGAACCUCGGGCAAAGGGGCAGCCCGGUGAUCACUGACAGUCCCAAGGAAAGAUGUUCCAAUUAUCGCCAAACAACCGUAACAUUAAAGCAGCACAGGAGGCCAUUCAGCCUGACAGCACUGUGCAGGUCACAAUUAUUACGGUGCCAAAGGAGGCCAUUCAGUCCAUCGUAAUGAACAUUCCCUGGGGUUUGUCUUUCGCGAGGCCCUGCAAGCUCCGAGUGUCUGUGUAUGUGAGGUGUGUCUGUGUGCCCAUUUGUGUCUGUGGGAGGGGGGUUGUGUGUGUGUCUUUGUGAGUACGUACAUGU